AUGGCCGAGAAGAUUCUCAACCGCAUCGUCAUAUGCGUUGAUGGAUCCGAGUAUGACGAAAAUGGCAGAACAGGCCACGAAAAUGCCAGCAAUAUCUUCCGUCUGAAAAGCGUGCUGGCGACUGGAACUACCUACGAUGGACAAAGUCGCGGCAUCACGCAAUCAGUGCGCUACUAUCAAACCAGCAGUGAAGGCCGAACAGGCAUCGGCAGGUUGAAGGGACGCUCGGUGGGCUCAAUUGACCAACAGGUUCGCGAAAUCACCAGAGAUGUCUGCCAGAGACUCGAGAGCCCAGCAGAUGAAGUAUGCUUCUAUGGAUUCGGUCGAGGCGCAUAUGUGGUGCGCGCCGUCGCUGCCGUUCUACACUACAUGGGUCUUCCGAAGGCUAUAGCCAAUUUCGACGACGCCUUCACCAAGGCGCUGGAGCUGGAAAGGGCGCGGCAGCUCGAUGACAGUCUCAAUGGGACUAAGCUGCUGUCACAACUCAAGGUAUUGUGCGAUGAACCUCCUAUUAUCCGCUUCAUGGGAGUCUUCGAUACUGUCAAGCCUUCACUUGAAAGACAUCAGUAUGAGGUCGCCUUCGUGCCCUCAAUACGGAAUGUGCGCCACGCCGUCGCCUUCAACGAAGCUCGACUUGUACCCGAGCUGUUCGAAGCGCCAGCAGCUGAUACAAUGGAAGGGCGCUCGUUCUGCCAAGCAUGGUUUAUGGGUGGGCACCACGAUAUGGGCGGCGGGACACAGCACGACGGUCUGUCGUUGUAUCCACUGCAAUGGAUGCUCAUCGAGAGCAUGAAGGCUGGCAUUGUCCUCGAUCAAGGUCGAAAAGAGGGCGUCUUGCAACUAGCUUUCCCACAAUUUGCUGGCGGUCUGCCUCAACUGUCAGGCGAGGAAAAGAUCGAGUGGCGCAUCAAAUACGCCAACCAGCUCUUCGUUACCAUGUUUGACCUGGCUUCACUACACACAGAGACAAGAACGGAGUCGACACAUACUGUACGCAUCAACCAGGGAAAGAAUGUGCUCAACAACCAGAGGAAAAUAUGGAAUAACUCGACAAAAGCGUUACUCGGAUACAACGAAAAGCAGCCCAACAGCACGAUUAUACACCCAUCACUAUAUGCGAUUCUAGAUCGGAACCCCAAAAUGUACGACUCAGGUCUCUUCCGAUUACGAAAGCUAGAGCUGAGCGAUUUCCAAGAGCGAUGCAUGGACGAUCAAGGAGAGAUGCAGCCAUGGCUAGAAGGCUUGCAUCUGCAAGCUAGCGGCGUCAAGGCUUUCCGCAUUCUUGUAUGCGGCAAGACCGGUGUCGGAAAGUCAACAUUGAUCAACAAGGUCUUCGGCGUGGAAAUGACGGAAGAGUCGACGAACUACGCACAAGGCCAGCACGAUAUCAACACGGCUUUUGAAAGCCCGAAUCAUCCAGGUCUACUGAUCCACGACUCUCGAGGCUGGCAAGCGGGUAGUGACCACGAGCUGGACCUAAUCGGCAAGUUCCUGCGGCAUCGUGCUUUCCAAAAAGAUCCAGCAGAGUCCCUCCACGUGAUAUGGUUCUGUGUCGAUUCAGAUGUCUCGCGGAUCGAGGAGGCAGACAAGCGCACGUUUGCGACGAUUGCCCAGUACUCUAAUCAUGUGCCGGUAUUCGUUGUGGGUACAAAAAAGGACAAGCUCGUGGCAUAUCGGAAGAUGGAGCUGCUGGAGGCACACAUGCAACAGACCAACGACUACAAAGCCGCAAGCAAAUUAGCGAAUGAAGAAGCGGGCAAGCUUGCGGACGAUCAGUUCAUGAAAUUGAAAGAUCAGUUGUCGGAGAUCGAGCACUACAAGGCGGAUGGAUACUGUUGUAUAUCGAAAGAUGACGACACCGGAGUCAAAAGUCUGCUCAAUCAAACGCUCGACCUCAUCGCCGACGAACGUGUACGUAUCUUCUGCGUCGCCGCUCAAGUCAUGGACGUUGAGCAGAAGAUAGAUUCCGCGAUUACGGAAUGCAUGCGUCUCGGCACUCAUGCGAUUAGAACAGCGAUGGUCCCACUACCAUUCUCCGGCAUGAUCGGCACCCCAACCGUCUCGCGCAUCAUCUGCGAGCACGUCCUGCAAUGCUUCGGUUUUCCCAAAGCGGCCCCUGAAGCCGUCGAGGAAAUAAUGUCGCGCGUCGUGAUGGGCAACCUGAAAUCCUUCCUCAAAGUCACCCUCGCUCAAUUCGGCGCCGUCUCCCUCACCGCCAUCGGCGUCGGCGUCCCCACCCUGGGUAUCGGCACCAUCAUUGGGGGCAUCGGUUGUAUACUGGCCACGCCGCCGACGGCGCGCAUGCUGUUCAAGUGCGCAUGCGAUAUGAUUCUGAUUCUGGAGCGAAGUUUUCGGUACCAGGGGCGGUAUGUGAGCGUGAAGCAGAUUGAGGAUGCGGCUGUGUAUUAUACGACUGCUUCGACCAAGACUUUUUCGGGCAAGGAGGUGCUGUUGCAACAACACGUGCAUGACGAGGUCGAUCGACUUAUUCCCCUCAAGAAGAUCUCCAUCGGGUUCCGCUUUGCGCGUCUGCGGUCAGGACUACAGGACAUCAUCUACAUGAACCGCUUCGACAAGAAGGUCGGCGCACCGCUAAGCUCCGUCUCAUCCGUCGAGAUCGCGUCGCCGUCAACACAGAACCUAGCCGUGCCGGAACUAGAAGCGCCGCUGCACCGCGUCGAGCUGGAUGCCGGCGUCGACGCAACACCGCGGCCCUCUGGCAUCCCGGAGAUGUUGGGGGACACGAAACAGCCGACCGAGAUGCUCUCCCCUAUGUCCACGGCCGCGACAUCGGGUAUCUCGCCUAUGUCCCCUACAAACUACCACAACCAAGAAGCGCGCCGGCACAACACAGUCGGCAGCCAAGGCAGCGCAAGCACGGAAGCGGGCUUCACUACCUUCUCCUCGCUGGAUAGCUCGUCCAUCGUGACUAGCCCGACGCUAGCGGAUGACAUGAGUUCUGCAGGCACGAUGGUGGCGACGCCGACGGGGAUGUAUCGGGAGUUGGAUGAUACGAGCAAGGAAGGGCGCGAGAAGAUGGCGUUAAAUGAGGAACGGAGGACGAAGAGUGAGCAGAAGGAGAUGGGUUUGUUUAAGAGGAGUUUGAGUAAGUGGAGCUUGAAGAAGAGUAAGACGAAUGUAUAG